AGUCCUACUUAUAUUUUAAUAAAAAAGAGGUAUUUUUUAUACGAAUGCUUUUUUUUGCUGCAGGUUUUAAUUACGGGUCCAGCGGAUACUCCUUAUAUGAAUGGUUGUUUCGAAUUUGAUGUUUGGUUCCCGAAUGAUUAUCCGACCUCGCCAAUGCAUGUGAAUCUGGAAACUACGGGCAAUCAUACUGUUCGCUUCAAUCCGAACUUGUAUAAUGAUGGGAAAGUAUGUCUGUCAGUGUUGAACACAUGGCACGGCCGACCCGAAGAACGAUGGAAUCCGGAAACAAGCAGUUUGUUGCAGGUGAUUGUUAGCAUGCAGUCGUUGAUUCUAGUGCCGGAGCCAUAUUUCAAUGAGCCAGGCUAUGAACGAUCGAAAUGUACCCAGGCUGGACAGCAGGUUUAUAAUUUUUUGGCUUCAGAUGUUUAUAUGUAG